AACUUUGGAGAUUCAGAGAAAUUGGAAACAAAGAUUUUAUCAUUGACCAACCACUUCAGGAUGUUGGAAUACCUUCAGAGUUCACUUCAGGUGGUGGAGAUUUCCCAGGACCGAGCACAUCUGAGCCGUCACAAUCCAGGAAUGGCAUGCAACAUUCUUUUGACUUGGAUACUGAAGUGGUUAGCUUAAAGCAGAAUGUGACACUGCUGCAAAAUAACUUGUAUGAAGCAGCUAAGCUGGUUAAGUUUAAGGAAGCCAGGGUUACCGAACUGCAAUCCAUCUUAAGUAAUUGCUCAGAGAAGGAAGAAAAGAGUGUUGGAAUUGAGUCGCAUGAGAGAGCUAGAGAUAUUGAAAUUGAGCUUGAGGGUCUCUUCAGACAGAAAAUUGAAGCUGAAGUACAAUAUUUGACUAUAUCAAGAACAGUUGAAAAGUUGAGAAUUGAAGCAUUUAAACAAGUUAAGCUCUUGGAAGAACAAAAAACAUUAGCUUCAGAACAAGCGCAGGUUGUGAAAAAUCUUGGAGAUGCAGAAUCAAAGGCUGCAACGCUUAAAACACAGGCUAAGAAGUUGGAAAAUUGCUGUGAAGAUAUCAUGAGCACAGAUGAAAUGCUAAAACUGCAGAAGAGAGUCUGGAAGUACAGCACCUGUUUUUUAAUACAGUUGGUAUUGCUGGUAGUCGGGCUGUUUCUCUUGCAGAUUUCACCUGAUGAUGCUGAAGUUGUACCUACGUAA